UAGGAUUUUCGGAAGAUGAUGAUUCAGAGGAGAUCAAAAGGUCUUGGAUGGGGAAAGGAAGAAGGAUUUUCAGAAGAUGGAGAAGGUUCACGGUCGGCUGGUCAAUAUUCUCGAGGGGCUCGGGCUCCACGUCGGAGUUUUUAGCCCCGCCGAGCAGAAACAGAUUGUGGAUUGCAUCUAUGCCUUCCAGAAGAAAGGUCGGAACAGUGAGCUCAGAGAACGAACGUAUUCGGAGCCGAGGAAAUGGAUGCACGGUCAAGUUCGGAUAAUAAUUCAGUUCGGUUGCUGCUACAAUUAUGCAGUGGACAAAGCAUCGCAACCCUCCAGGCAUAAUUCGCGACGAACAAGUCGAUCCCAUUCCCCCUUUGCUGAAAUUUAUAAUCAAAAGAAUGGUAGCAUGGCGAGUCCUUCCCACCACAUGCAUUCCCAACAGCUGCAUCGUGAACAUUUAUGACAAAGAUGAUUGCAUUCCUCCGCAUAUCGACCACCAUGAUUUCUUGCGGCCCUUCUGCACGGUUUCCUUUCUGUCGGAGUGCAAUAUUCUGUUUGGGACAGAGCUGAAGGUGCUCGGCCCAGGAGAAUUUUCCGGCUCCACUGCUAUACCUCUGCCUGUUGGCUCUGUGCUUAUUCUGAACGGAAAUGGAGCUGAAAUCGCUAAGCACUGUGUGCCCGCUGUGCCUUCAAGUAUAACCCCAACCAAUUCAAUCUGGAUGACUUCCCUCCUCUUGGCUUUGGUUCGGCUGGCCACUCGAAGAAAACGAUCCGUUCACUUAGACAGUGAAAGUGAAUUCCGUCUGUUUAAGUAACAUUGUCAUGGAUGUCUCAGAGGAACUCAAGUCCUGUUCAGCAAUGAACAAUUUUCUUUUUGGACUUGAUUGAGCUUCAAAGCUCCUCUUUUCUUGUGUUAUGUAUUUGUAGAUUUAUCUGAUUGAUUGGAUAAGGUUUUUUGCAUUGUAUAAGCUAUAAAAAAUAUUGACAAUAACACUGCAUCUUGCCAUUGAUGGCGAUUUUGUUUUGUAA